AUGCCUCCAAAGGGUUUCAAGACUGUAAUCUGUAAGUUUUGGGAGAACAACAUGUGUGCCAAGGGCGCAAGUUGCACAUUUGCACAUGGCAUGGAAGAGCUAAGGAGAUACACCAAUGCUAUGGAGAGGUUCAAGACCAAGCUGUGCCUCUUCCACAUGCAGGGUCGCUGCUGCAAAGGUCCAAGUUGCCCUUACGCUCACGGCCUUCAGGAGCUCCGG